AAGAGGAGAAGGAGGGCUGAGACGAUUUGGUUAAAUCCAAUUUGCCUUCAUUGAGUCCAAUUUAUGCCAAUUCACCGAUUGCUUGUUCUUCUUUCAGACGCACAACACGUAUGUGUACCGGUAUUUCGCCUGCGAGGCCCUCUGCCUUGUCAAUAUUUUCCUUCAACUGUACCUGAUGAAUCGAUUUUUCGACGGCGAGUUCCUCAGCUAUGGACUGCGAGUCUUACAAUUAUCCGACGUUCCACAGGAAGAACGUGUAGAUCCUAUGGUCUACGUCUUUCCACGCGUUACCAAAUGCAUAUUCCACAAGUAUGGUGCAUCAGGGACCAUACAGAAGCACGACUCUCUAUGUAUCCUACCGUUGAACAUCGUCAACGAGAAAACGUACAUUUUCAUCUGGUUCUGGUAUACCAUCCUAUCGAUUUUGUUGAUCGGCUUGAUGGUCUACAGAGCCGCCAUAAUCUUCGCCCCAGCCGUCAGACCAAGAUUGCUUUGCCUGUCAUCACGACUUCUCUCCAUAGAAACCUGCAACAGUAUCAGCAAGAAGAUUGACCUUGGCGAUUGGUGGCUUCUCUACAUCCUCUCCUCUAACAUGGACUCGUUGAUCUACAGGGAUUUCUUGCAAGAGCUUACUAAAAAAAUGAGCGAUUCACAUUCAGUCGUUGCCUAGGUAUAUUUUCCUAAACUA